UCUUCUUUUUUUUUUUCUUCCUUCUCUGGCAGGUUACUUUAUGGCUAAGGAAAAUACAUGGGGAUCAGCCUGUUCCACAGUACGAAGUGAAUGCAAGGACAGUUGAUAUCUUGUAUGAGCUUGUAGAAUGCAAUGAAGCCAAAGACAGAGAUGUUUCUUUGCUGAUAGAGGACAUGAAGGAGAAGGCAGCAGAAUAUGAAGCAGAAGCUAACUAUCUACAGGGCCUUCUCACAGAAAUCCUGGAGCUUUCCCUAUCUAGUCUGUCUAGUGAGGGCACCAGCUACCUCAACGCCCUGGUAAACAGCGCAAUGACACUUGAAACAAACGACACUUCUCUUACCAGCUUCUUCUGUGCCAUCGAUGAUAUGACUUCAGAGCUGUACACGACAGAAUCAAAAAACAGAGAAAUGGAACUGGCAUUGAGCAACAGCAGAAAGAAACUAACUACAAUGCUGACGCUGGAAAAGCAGGCAGAGGAGGAUCUUAAAAAAACAGAGGAACAUCUGGAAAUAGAAAAGACCAAAGCUGACAGCCGAUCCCAGAACUUGCAGUACCUGAAAGAUAAAUCUGAGGAUUUAAAAAUCAGGAUCAAUGUUGCUGAGGAACAGCUUGCUGCCAUGGGGUUGGACGAAUUGCUGACACAUGAGUCACUCGUGAGCCUGUCUGAGAAACUGGCUGGACUGCAGGAAGAAAUUGUGCAAUUGAAGAAGAAUCUGGAGUUCUACCUAGAUUUACCCCCUAAUCUUUCGCUUGCACAAGUGAAGAUUGAAGAAGUAAAACGAGAACUGAAUGUCUUGGAGGCAGAGUUCUCAAAGCAGAUUGAGGUGCUGACUCUUGAGACGCCAGAGCCCAGCAAAGUCCAGUUCACCUGA